CGGACCGUUGGAGCACACACAUUGCCGUGGGUAGAAUAGCGCGUAUUGCAAUGCGUUUUUCUAUACGAUUCCGAUAAGUUUGAUGUGCGCCGAACGAAAACAAAUCCCAAACACAACGCAACCAAUGACGAAAUUCGGCUGUAACAGAUAGAAAUAAGCAAGCAUCUCGAAGUGAAGUGAUCUUUGAAAACCCCACCUCGCAACAUUCUCGACCGAUCGGUACCAAAUCAAAUGCCACGCAAUAUUUACUGCCGUGUGCCAGUGGAAAAGUUUACUCCCUUCAACCGCGAAUCGAAAUCGAAAUCGAAUUCGUUGCUUUAAAGUCGCUAGCAUUUCCAUCUGAUUUCUCCCCUGCUAAUGCCAAACUAAUUAUAUUAGUGUCGAGCGCGUGUCCCCCUUCGGGUCAAGAAGUGCUAAUCAACCGCGGCCGCCCUAAAGACGAUUCCCGGCCACCAAACAAGUCUACUGUAAUGCAAAAUUCUUAAUAGUGCAAUUUAACUUCAAUCAGUGCAAUAUACAUAUACUGCCAACAUGCAGUCGAUGAAAGCCGAUGAACUGCCGCCGAAUCCGCGGGAACGCUCCAAUCCCCUCUCCUCACUCAUGUUUUGUUUUGCCAUGCCCGUGUUAUUUAAAGGGCGGAAGAAGACUCUGGAGCAGAAGGAUCUCUAUCGCGCCCUGAAAGAACACAAGUCCGAUUCCCUGGGAGAUCGCUUGUGUGCAGCCUGGGAUGAGCAGGUGGUCAAAAAUGAGACACCACGUUUGGGUCGCGCCCUGAUGAAAGUGUUUGGCCUUCAAUUGUUUUUUACGGGUAUAUCUCUGCUUAUCCAGGAGUUCUUAACCAAAGUCACCCAGCCCAUUUGCUUGUUUGGGGUGAUGGCAUACUUUGCCGGCAAUGAUCCGGAUCUGGCCAAGGCCAAGCUUUAUGCAGCGGGUCUAAUAGCGGGUUCCGUAUUUAGUGUGGUUAUCGGUCAUCCCUAUAUGUUGGGCUUACUUCAUCUGGGUAUGAAGAUGCGCGUUGCCCUCAGUAGCCUCAUCUAUCGCAAAGCUCUCCGGCUGAGUAGAACUGCCCUGGGCGACACCACAGUGGGUCAGGUGGUCAAUCUCCUCUCCAACGACGUGGGUCGUUUUGAUACCGUUCUGAUCAACGUUCAUUACUUGUGGAUAGCUCCGCUGGAGCUGAUUGUAGUCACCUAUCUAAUGUACCUUGAGAUUGGCAUAUCUUCCCUAUUUGGUGUUGCGAUAAUGCUGCUUUUCCUGCCCUUCCAAUCCUACCUCGGCAAGCGGACCAGCGUGCUGCGCCUGCGUACCGCUUUGCGGACGGACGAACGCGUUCGCAUGAUGAACGAGAUCAUCUCGGGCAUCCAGGUUAUCAAGAUGUACGCAUGGGAGAAGCCCUUUGGCAAGGUGAUUGAGCUGACCCGCUUCAAUGAGAUGCUGUGCAUCAAACAAGUCAACUAUAUUCGCGGCAUCCUUAUCUCGUUUGCCAUGUUCCUGUCACGCAUCUUCACCUCCUCCAGUCUGAUUGCCUUUGUCCUGCUGGGGAAUAUCCUGAAUGCCGAGAGGGCCUUCUUCGUCACUGCCUACUAUAAUAUUCUGCGUCGCUCGGUGACCAUGUUCUUCCCGCAGGGAAUCUCCCAGUUUGCUGAGUUGUUGGUUUCUGUACGGCGUUUGGAGACGUUCAUGCAUCGACCGGAGACUCAGGUCAGGGAUAAAUCGAAGAUCGUUAGUCCAAUUUCGAAGGCGGAGUCCCUAAAUGGAGACAGUCCCAAGAGUAAUGGCAUCUCGGAGAACUUGAUCGAGUUCAACCAGUUCCAGGCACGUUGGGAGAGCCAUUCGCUGGACCCUACGCUGGAGGACAUCAACCUGCAGUUGGGACGUCGCAAGCUGGUGGCCGUUAUUGGACCCGUGGGCGCUGGCAAAUCCAGCUUAAUCCAAGCCGUGCUCGGCGAGCUGCCGGCGGAAAGCGGCAACCUGAGGGUCAAUGGCAGUUACUCGUAUGCCGCCCAGGAACCGUGGCUUUUUACGGGCACAGUGCGCCAGAACAUCCUGUUCGGCUUGGAGUGGGACAAGCACCGCUAUCGCACCGUGAUAAAGAAGUGCGCCCUGGAGAGGGACUUUGAACUAUUGCCGUUCGGUGACAAGACGAUCGUGGGCGAACGGGGAGCAUCGCUUUCUGGCGGACAGAAGGCCAGAAUAAGUUUGGCCCGAGCGGUUUACCGAAGAGCUGACAUCUAUCUGCUGGAUGACCCACUCAGUGCUGUGGAUACCCACGUUGGGCGCCACUUGUUCGAUCAGUGUAUGCGCGGUUAUCUAAGAAGCGAGCUCGUGAUCUUAGUCACCCACCAGCUGCAGUUUCUAGAACAAGCCGACCUUAUAGUCAUCAUGGAUAAGGGUCGCAUUAGUGCUAUGGGCACGUACUCAUCGAUGAAGCGCAGUGGACUGGACUUUGCCAAACUAUUGACUUCGCCCAACAAAGAGGAUGAAGCGCUGAAAGAGGGCGAUGGGGCAGGUGGAGAGGGACUUGACCUCUUAAAUGUGCCCUCGCUGAGCAGGAGGGGCAGCAAGAACAGUAAACCGAGCACCAGAAACAACAGCUUCACCUCAUUGAGCUCCAUGGCGGAGUCAAUGGCCCAGGAGGCUUCCACGCAGCUCCAGGAAACGCGAGUGGAGGGCAAGAUUGGGCUGGGAUUGUACAAGGAGUACCUUACAGCGGGCAGCAGCUGGUUCUUGCUCUUCUUCAUGGUCUUUCUCUGCAUGGCCACUCAAAUCCUGAGCUCAGCGGCGGACUACUUCUUAUCCUAUUGGGUGGACAAAAACGUGUACGCUCAGGCAGAUAGUGAAUCGAACCCGGCGGAUAUGUACGUCUUCGCUGCCCUCAAUUUGGCCGUUGUGGUAUUCACCAUCGUGCGCACCAUGCUCUUCUACAAGAUUGCUAUGCGCAGCUCCACGCAGCUGCACAAUGCCAUGUACCAGGGCAUUACGAGGGCUGCGAUGCACUUCUUCAACACGAAUCCCUCGGGACGCAUUCUGAACCGCUUCUCGAAAGACCUGGGCCAGCUGGACGAGGUCCUGCCCACCGUGAUGCUGGAUGUGGUGCAGAUAUUUCUCACCCUACUGGGAAUUAUUGUAGUGAUCUGCAUCACUAAUCCGUACUACCUCAUUUUGACGUUAGUCUUGGCUGUAAUAUUCUACUAUAUCAGGGAGUUUUACCUGAAGACCUCGAGGGAUGUGAAACGUUUGGAGGCGGUGGCCAGGUCACCUAUAUACUCCCACCUAAGCGCCACGAUAAGCGGCUUGCCCACAAUCCGAGCUCUGGGAGCUCAAAAGGAACUCAUUGCGGAAUUCGACAAUCUGCAGGACUUGCACAGUUCCGGAUACUACACAUUUUUGUCGACCAAUCGUGCCUUUGGUUAUUACCUGGAUUGCUUCUGCACGUUGUAUAUUGUGAUCAUCAUUCUCAACUACUUUAUCAACCCACCGAAAAGUUCUGGAGAAGUGGGUUUGGCCAUCACCCAGGCGAUGGGCAUGACUGGCAUGGUGCAGUGGGGCAUGCGGCAGUCGGCGGAGCUGGAGAAUACGAUGACCGCAGUGGAACGAGUGGUGGAGUACGACGAGAUCGAACCGGAGGGCGAGUUCGAGUCCCGCGUGGGCAAAAAACCAUCUCCGAAUUGGCCAGAGAAGGGUGAGAUUGUGGCAGAGGAUCUGUGCCUGCGCUACUUCCCGGAUCCGCAGGCCAAGUACGUGCUGAAGGCCCUCAAUUUCCGUAUCCGACCCAGUGAAAAGGUUGGCAUCGUUGGCCGAACUGGAGCUGGCAAAUCCUCGCUGAUCAACGCCCUAUUCCGACUCUCCUACAACGAGGGCAUCAUCACCAUCGACCAGAGGGACACGGCUGAGAUUGGACUCUUUGACCUGCGCAGCAAGAUAUCCAUCAUACCCCAGGAGCCGGUGCUCUUCUCGGGCAGCAUGCGCUACAACCUGGAUCCCUUCGAGGAGUAUAACGAUGCCAAGCUGUGGGAGGCGUUGGAGGAGGUGAAGUUGAAACCCCUGUUUGCAGAGCUGCCAAGUGGCUUGCAAAGUAAGAUCUCCGAAGGGGGCAGCAAUUUCAGCGUUGGCCAGCGCCAGUUGGUGUGCCUGGCCAGGGCGAUUCUCCGGGAGAAUCGCGUUCUAGUCAUGGACGAGGCGACGGCCAAUGUGGAUCCCCAGACGGAUGCCCUGAUCCAGGCCACCAUAAGAAGCAAAUUCCGGGACUGUACUGUGCUGACCAUUGCCCAUCGCCUGAAUACGAUUAUGGAUUCGGAUCGUGUGCUGGUGAUGGAUGCAGGUCAUCUUGUCGAAUUCGGCUCACCCUACGAGCUUCUCACCUUAAGCGAAUCGAAGAUCUUCCACAGCAUGGUCAUGGAAACUGGACAAAACAGCUUCGACAGCCUGCUCAAAGUUGCCGAAAAGGCGCAUCUGGAUGCAAAGAAACAGAAAUCUGAGUAGAUUGAAGACCACGUUGCACAGGUAUAGGAUAAGUAUGUUAAAAGCCAACAAGGUCUUAAUUUCUGGCUGUAUGUGCCUUCAUAGUUGUACCUAAUCCAGCCAGCUGCAUUUAAGUUAAUUUUCUACUUAAAGUAUUACGCCUUCGAACCUUACAUACUUAUAGGUCUUAAUUCUUAUUGGCUUACUAUAAAAUAAAGUAUCAGCCCCACGAAUUG